CCUGACUACCACCUCGUGAUCAUAUGAUGCGCGUCACGUGGUCGAUAUGUUUCCGGAUUUUGAAAGAACGCUACACGCCUAUCGCAAGCAACUCCAACCAUGGAGUACAAUCGGUAUUCUAUCAUGUAUGGAACAAGCUGCUGAUCUUCCAGUUUCGGUCAGAACUGGAGAAUUUCGCAAAACCUCAAAGUCUCAUCCUUGGCAUCCUACAUUGGGAUACAAAAUUCUGGAGACGGCUCCCUUGUUUGCACAACCCAUAACGAAUUUGAUGAUGGGCGCUUCUCGCAUACCACAUGGAAUGACGACGAAGCCUUUAAAAUUUCCGAAUUUAGUAACUGGUUUUGAUCGUAGUCCUUCGCACGCGGCACGUGCUGCGCUUAAUAUGCGAUACACUCUAUAUGAUUGGAAGCAGAAUCAAAUCAGACUCUACAAUGAAGCGGAUGUGAAUAUGUGUUAUUCCGAAAAAUUACGCAAGGACAGUGAACGCUUAAUAAAAGAAGCUGACGAAAUGAUACAAAAGAAACAAAUAAAGAAUAGCCGAAAACUUGAAGAGAGGAUUACUUCUUGGUGGAACGAAAUAGCGUCGGAGUUGGAGAAGUUAAUCACCGAAGACGAUAAAAUGCAGGAAUGUCGUCACGAUCUGCAAAUUACGAUUCAGAAUAUCGAGCGACAGCUACAUAUCGCGCAAGAAUGUCUUUAUCAUCGAGAGUCAAGAAAAGAUGCUGAUUUAGUUCAUGAUGACGUUGAAAGUACUCUGCUGAAAGAAAUUGAAACAGUAAGAAAUUGUGAGAAGAAAUUAGAACAGUUCACAAAUAAAUGUAUCAAUCAGUUGACAAAUAAUCGAGCGAUGCAACAUCAGCUGCAAAUAAAUAUACGGAACAAGAAAACAGCAUUAGGAAUCGACAUGUGUCACCAGAUAAAUGAUUUUAGCCGAGACUUGCAAUAUUAUGAUGAAACAGAAAAAUACGAUCCUAGUAUCACCGAGAUCGAAUCUUGGGCGGAAACGGCAAACAAUGUGGUGAAGAAAUCAGAGGCAGAAUGUGUGAAAUCAUGUCAAUUACGAAGUGACAUCGAUAGUGCCAUAAGCGCUGUGAGCUACAAGAUAUAUAAAGCUUGGGAAAACACCAAUGAGGCGCUGGACAGAAGAGUUAUUGAAAUACUGGAAACAAAGGAAAAACUACAAACACAUUUGCAUAAGAUACAAAAAGAAAUCUUGGACAUCGAUAAGAACAUGAAACUAAUACAAAAGACCAUCGCCGAUAAAGGUUCAGAACUGAAAGUUGCAAACAUGCGACCGGAGACCAGAAUGUACUGUCCGGAAGCUGAACUAUGCAAGGAUCAUGCCCAAUUCAGGAUAAUUAAAGAGGUGAAGGAUAUUAAUAAAAUGGUAUACGAUAUGAAUUUGAUAUUGCAACAGUGUGAGGCACAAUAUCAACAACUCUUACGCACGAGGUCUAAUCUGGAAAGCGAUUUGAAGUCCGAAACAGACGCGCUCUUCAUCGAUAGAGAAAAGUGCAUGAGUCUCAGGAGAAGUUACCCGAUUUCGUCGACCGUAAAAUUUUAAAGUACUUACAUUGCAGAUAGAUAUAUAAAAUUUUUGC